AUGGCAUCGUUGAAUAAUUACAUCAAGACUUCGAAGUAUAGUCUGUUGACAUUCCUCCCCCUCAACCUCUUCGAGCAGUUCCAAAGACUCGCAAAUUUCUAUUUCCUUUGUCUUCUCAUACUUCAGGUAAUUCCCUACAUAUCUUCCUUAACACCAGUGGCAACAGCAGUGCCUUUGAUUGUUGUGCUGACACUAACGGCACUCAAAGAUGCUAUCGAUGACAUCCAAAGACAUAGAAGUGAUAAUCAGAUCAAUAAUCGUCUCUCAAAAGUGCUACGAAACGGAAAGGUAGCUGAAGAGCGCUGGUAUAAAGUACAGGUCGGAGACAUCGUUCUCAUGGAAAAUGACAAUUUCGUUGCCGCCGACCUCUUAAUGCUAUCCACCAGUGAACCCAACGGUCUUUGUUAUGUGGAAACAGCAGAACUGGACGGCGAAACGAAUUUGAAGUGCAGACAAGCCAUACCGGAAACCUCUGAACUUGGGGAUGAUAUUCAUUUGCUCAGCAGGUUUAAUGGCGAGAUGAUCUGUGAGCCGCCCAAUAAUAAUUUGACUCGUUUUGAGGGGACUCUUCAUUAUAACGGACAGACCUUUUCUGUAGACAACGACAAAAUGCUUUUGAGAGGCUGUCGACUGCGGAACACUAAAUGGUGUUUUGGUGUUGUCGUGUUUGCCGCCAGUGGUGUUUGGGAGACAGUGACGGGACAAUACUUCAGGGCAUACCUACCCUGGGAUACGAUAGUACCAGCUAAUCCGAAAAGUGGUGCGACUGUCAUAGCAGUCCUCGUGUUCUUCUCGUACGCAAUAGUCCUCAAUACAGUGGUUCCCAUCUCUCUGUAUGUGAGCGUCGAAGUGAUCCGCUUUUGUCACUCAUUGUGGAUCAAUUGGGAUGAGAAGAUGUAUUACUCGAUCACAGACGUGGCGGCAAAGGCCAGGACUACUACUUUAAACGAAGAGUUGGGACAAAUUCAGUACAUAUUCAGUGAUAAGACGGGAACAUUAACUCAGAAUAUCAUGACUUUCAACAAGUGUUCCAUUGGUUCCAAUCUUUACGGCGAAGUCUUGGAUGAGAUUACUGGCGAACCGUUAGAGAUAACUGAAGACAUGGUUUCGGUUGACUUUUCCGGUAAUGCCUUAUAUGAGGAGUCCUUCAAAUUCUACGACCAGACACUUCUCGAUGAAAUAAAUGGCGGCAAUAAAGAGGUUCAGGAGUUCUUUAAGCUACUGGCGCUCUGCCAUACAGUGAUGUGUGAAGAAAAAGACGGCAAACUUGAAUACCAGGCGCAGUCACCCGACGAGGCGGCCCUCACUUCUGCCGCUCGAAACUUCGGUUUUGUAUUUCGGAGCCGAACGCCGACGAGUAUAACGAUUGAAGAAUUGGGCAAAACUGAAGUCUACGAACUCUUAGCUAUUCUUGACUUUAAUAACGUUCGCAAACGAAUGUCUGUGAUAAUUCGUAAAAACGGGAAAAUCCUUCUCUACUGCAAAGGCGCCGAUACUGUGAUAUUCGAGAGAAUGGACGCGAGUUGUGCCGAACUAAAGCUGAAUACUGUCGACCACUUGAAUAAGUUCGCCGGAGAAGGGCUCAGAACUCUGUGUUAUAGUUGUCAGUUAUUAACUGAUGAAAUGGUGGACACGUUUACGAUAGAGGGCUGGGAGUACGAGGACGUGGAGAAUGAAUUAAAGAGAUGUCGAGAGAACAUCGCAAAUGUCAUGAGUCACUCAUACGGCGCCACCGAUUUAAAUGUGGUGUCAUUUCGUGGCAAUAAUUUGAGUCCAAACGACAAUAAUUUGAUGAAUCGAGUGAACGAUAGAUACGAGAACAGAGCGAGUGCUCCAAACGCCAGUCCCAUCGAAGUGAACGAAACCGAUUCUGGACAGGAAGGAAUGCAGGCCGUCCUGUCGAGUGACUUUUCUAUCGCACAGUUCCGGUUCUUAGAGCGCCUACUCCUAGUGCACGGCCGAUGGUCUUACUUCCGAAUGUGUAAAUUUCUUCGGUAUUUCUUUUACAAGAACUUUGCGUUCACUCUCUGCCACUUCUGUGUCGCUCACGGAAUCGUAUCAUCUUUUAUACUAUUCUUCAUCCCUUACGGCGCCUUCAAGAAUGCUGUCGGACCCGAAGGCAUCAAUUUGGACGGCCAUCAGAUCUUUGGGACAGUCGUCUCGACGAUUCUGGUUCUAGUCGUGACCGCUCAAAUAGCUUUGGACACCUCCUACUGGACAGUAUUCAACCAUAUCGUGAUCUGGGGAAGUGUCGCCUUCUACUUCGCGAUGACUCUAUUCAUUAACAGUAAUCUGAUUGGAAACCAAUACUUGGGUUGCCUUCGCAUGACUCUGAGCUCCGGUCAGUUCUGGUUCACACUGUUCCUGGUGUUGGCCAUUCUGUUGGUGCCCGGAGUGGCCAAUCGCUUCUACCACACGUCAGUGCACCCGACCCUUAGUGACAGGUGUCGCUACAAACAGCGAAUCUCCCGAAUGAGGGCCAGACCUGAGCCGCAGAUGAGGCGCAGGAGUUCUGUGCGAAGGAGUCGUCGCUCUAUCCGUUCGGGGUAUGCCUUCUCACACCAGGAGGGCUUCGGACGCCUCAUAAUGAGCGGCAAAAUCAUGAAACAACACAAAUCCAAAGCUCAUCCCAACGCCAAUAGC